AUUUGAAAUGAAACGCGGUCAGCGAGGCUGCAGCUGUGGACCGACGUGAGGAAUAGAGUGGUUUCUGCGACACGAACAAAAGGAACCGUCAGUCUAACUAAAGAAAAUAUCCGGAGUUCUUGACCGCACAAAGAAUAUCUAGAGGAUCUUGUAUUGGGACAUCAUGGAGACGGCGGUGUUCAGCCUCCAGGGCUUAUAUGACAAGAUGAAAAUACAAAUCGACCAACUCAACGAGAGCAUUGAACCCAAUUUUAUUCAGAUGGUACAAAACUUUGAUGACUGCCGUCGCAAAUGGCUGGGCACUGAGCAAGAGCUGGGAUCCUGCAGGGACCGGCUCAGGGAAGCAGACAUGGAGAAGGGAGCCAUGGAGGUCAAACUCAAACACGCCCGCAACCAAGUAGAUGUGGAGAUCCGACGCAGACAAAAGGCUGAGAUGGAUUGUGACACACUGGACCGGCAACUUCAGUUGAUCCGGGACCUCCUGACCAGCGAAGGGUCCUCUAACAGCAUCCAGCUGAGUGCAGAACAGCGUUCUGCUUUGGCCUUCCUGAACACAAAUUGCCAGGCGACAACCACCCUGAAUACCAGUCGAAAACUGAUGACAAUAGACGAGUCUGGCUCCAUCUUGUCGGAUAUCAGCUAUGACAAAACGGAUGACUCGCUGGACUGGGACUCCACCAAUGUGAGGACGGUGCGACUCAAGAGACGAGAAAAAAGGCGCUCCUCAAGAAAUCAUAUUGACGCUCCUCCAGCUGCUGCGAAAAGGUCUCGAUCAACAGGCAGAACUUCAGGAAGAGCAAACGAGACCCUCGUGACAAAGACGACGGUGACCGUCCCUGCAAAUGGAGGACCCGUUGAAGCCGUUUCUACCAUCGAGAGUUUUCCUUACUGGACCCGCAGCAGAAGAAAGACUGCCACGAUGGAGUGGGACUCUGAAUCUGUGGGUUCGGAGGGAGUUUUCAAGCCCCUGGCCAACCUUCAAGCAGAAUCCAGCACUCCACAGAGCACCGCAGGUGUCCGUCUUCACGAGUUUGUUUCCAAAACUGUUAUUAAGCCAGAAUCCUGUGUGCCAUGUGGAAAAAGGAUCAAGUUUGGUAAGAUAUCGCUGAAGUGCCGUGACUGCAGGGUGGUCUCGCACCCCGAGUGUCGUCAGCGAUGCCCUCUGCCUUGCAUCCCCAACAUGGGCGGCACACCAGUCAAGAUUGGGGAGGGUGUCCUUGCAGACUACGUCCCAGACACGUCUCCAAUGAUCCCCUCGCUCGUGGUCCACUGUGUCAGUGAGAUCGAACAGAGAGGCCUGCACGAAGCUGGUCUGUACCGGCUGUCUGGCAAUGAUCGCACGGUGAAGGAGCUGAAGGAGAAGUUUCUCCGCAGUAAAACUGUUCCUGUACUCAGCAAGGUGGACGACAUCCACGCCGUCACCGGCCUCCUCAAGGACUUCCUGAGGAACCUGAAGGAGCCCAUUCUCACCUUCUCCCUCAUCCGUACCUUCAUGGAAGCAGCUGAGGUUUCAGAUGAGGACAACAGCAAAGCUCUCAUGUACCAAACGAUCUGUGACCUGCCACAGCCCAACAGAGACACGCUGGCUUUCCUGGUCCUUCACCUCCAGAGAGUCGCUGACAGUUUGGACACUAAGAUGGACAUCAGCAACUUGGCUCGAGUUUUCGGCCCAACUAUUGUCGGCCAUGCAGUUCCCAACCCGGAGCCGAUGACCAUCCUGCAGGACACCAAGCGGCAGCCCAAGGUUGUGGAGCGUCUCCUGGCUCUGCCGGCCGAUUACUGGGGCCAGUUUGUGAUUGCAGAAAAUGAGCAUCUAAAUCUGGACCAUUUGAUCAUUGAGAAUGCAAACUGCUAUGCCACCCCUGAGAGAGUGAGCAUGCUCGGACCUCUGACCACUCCAGAACACCAGAUGAGCAAGACCCCGUCCUCCAGCUCCUUAUCUCAGCGCAUGAAGAACACCUUAACACCCAGAUUUGGGAGCAAGAACAAAGCUUGUCGUCAAGGAAAGUUCUUUGCUUCGCCUCUCCUCAAAUAAUUACAGCACAGUUAAAAUGACACAUGUAUUCACACUACAGUAUAGUGUGGUACUAGAUGAUAGAGACGAAGUAUAGCUUUCUUCAGCGUGCUAAUCAUAUUCCAGAAUGGUAAGAGGUGGAUUUUGACUUUCUAAAGAGGUCAUUUCAACCAAAUAUGUUUCUGUUUAUGCCCCCGUGGCUUUACUGUUGUUGCUUUUAUUCAAUGUUAAACAUGUCAUUCUCAUUUCAAAUCCUAAAUCCUGAGAAUGAGCUGUUUUUACAGAGUGUGUGUGUGUUCAUAGAUGAAAAUAAGUACUGUAUAAGCAGCGUUAUUGGGACUUGCUUCUAGUUGUAUUCAUUUCUUUUAAGUUUUUCAGCUCAUGUCUCACUCAGAGGUUGAAAGCUUGUUAGGCAUUUUAUUCUAGGAAGUUAUUGAAUGUGUAUUUACUCGUUUUGUGAUGUUUCUACUUCAUUUCUAUUUGGACUUGAUUGGUAAUGUCUCAUUAGCCAGUGAUUUGUGAUCUAAAUAUUUUGAGUUGUUCAUGCUCUUUUCCUGUUAUAUGUCAGUUAUAAACCGCAGCUAUAAGAUCUCAAGGAGCUUUAUCAAAGAUAAAAUCUGUUUGCUUGUUUAAAAGUUGGAAGAGUUUUAGAUUGAUUUUCUUUUGUAAAUGUCUUUUGUAAAAAUAACAAAGCUCAAAAGUUGCACUUCCAGGGAUUAUCAUCGGCUGUAGUCGCUUGCUUUUUACCACCGUUUAGUUCUUCCGGUGUUUUAUUUUUUCAUGAUGUUCAUGACGGGAGUUUGCUCAUAAACAAAUGCAGCAAAAAAGCCGUUAGUUUGUGACAUUAACCAGUUCAGGUACAAGUGUCUGUUAACACCUUUUAUACACAAAUGUGCCGUCUUCAGUUCAUAUAACUUACAAAAUAAAUUUCUAACAU